AUAUAUAUAUAUACACACACCGUGUGUGAAUCAAAGCAGAAAUUUCUUCUGAGGGGGGACCAUGUCCGGUCCGGAAACUGUUGCAUCAGCGCCACCAAUGAUGGACGACCAAACGGCGGACGGUUCCGGCAGCCUGCUGUACGACAUCGUGUACGAUAUCAUCAGCAGCCCCGUCAAUCUGGCGCUGGUCGGUAUCAUCUCCUUCCUACUGUACAAGAUCAGCAAAAGCCGCCAGCCACCGGCAACACUGCCACCGCCACCGCCGGAGCUGCCACGGUUGCGCCGCGAUUUUACGGUCGCCGAACUGAAGCACUACGACGGUACGCAACCGGAUGGUCGGGUGCUAACGGCCGUCAACGGCAACGUGUACGACGUUACGAAGGGCAAGGCUUUCUACGGUCCAGGAGGACCGUACGCAGUAUUCGGUGGCCGGGAUGCAUCCCGCGGGCUGGCUACAUUCCAAAUCACCAGCAUGGGCAGCGACGAAUAUGACGACCUGAGCGAUCUCAACUCGCACGAGAUGGAAUCGAUGCGCGAAUGGGAAAUGCAAUUCAAGGAAAAAUACUAUCUCGUCGGACGUUUGCUAAAACCCGGUGAAAAGCCGACAAACUAUUCCGAUGAGGAUGAGGACACACCGACCGACAGUUCGGACGUGCGAAAGCGAACAGCUGCCGCUGCGAAAGCGGCGGAAGGUUCGACCGCCAGCACCGGUGCACCAUCGUCACACGAAGCGGAGAAGAAGAGUACCGACAGUGUGAAGGAGGGCGGUGGUGGUGGUGGUGGUGGUGGUGAUGCGACACCCAAACCGGAAGCAGACAAACCGAAGGCCGAAUGACCGGCAAACGCAUCGUUACACCGCCGGCCAAAGCGAGACGGCCCACAGCAUGAGCCCCAGCAGCCUAGUCAGCAAAACAUCCGGAACGCGUCGGCUAUCGGUCGUGACGGUGCUGCACCACAGGAUAGUGAUAGUAGUACGGAGGAGAGGCACAAACCGUACGAUAGCGAUGACAGCAGCGACAGGGAAUGGCCUUACAGUAACACCGUACCCUCCAGUGAGCGAUUGUUUUACGAUCAGCAUUCGAUUUGCGAAAUGUUUGGAUUCUGAAGUUUAAGCUACCGCACCGGCUCUCGGGCGUAAGCAGUUCACCUGGCCGGGAGGAUGCUGUUGUUUUCGUCAAGCAUUGGGCAGGCUUAGUGCGGUGGUAUAAUUCCAUCAUAUUCAUCAGAACAUUUUUUUUUUAAAUCACAACACAUAUACCUGCGCACUCGUGCAAUAGAGCAAGUUUGUGUAUAGUAAGGGUGGGAAAAAUGGGAGCAAAGGGGCAAUUCAAACCGUUCCAGUCACAUGUCCUAGUUUGUUUUAAAAUUUUUUCAAGGUGUCGAUUGCCCUCUAUGAAGGGCAAUUAUCAAAUGCAUAAUUUUAGGAAAUAAUGGGACUUUCUUUUUGCGCUGUUUUUUUUUUGUCUUGAUUUUCUGCUUCAAUUUUUCAACACGAAUUGUAGUAACGUUUUAGUUUUGGUAUCAAAAGUAGCACUCCUCUCGAUCGCGCUUCGUGUGGUAGUAGUGGAAAAUUAUAUAUUUUUAAUCACCCAAACGAUAACUUUAGCAGAGACAUCUUUCGCUAUCGGAUAGACCUUUAUAACAAUAAGGAGCAAAAACACAGAUGCGAAUACGCCCUCGUAUUACUGCGAACUUUUGACAGCUUAAUACUAGAGCGAUUAGAUAGAUAUAGUGUACAAAACAAAAAAACCGCUGAGGAGGCACGUUAAACAACUCGUGCAGGCGUAGCAACACAUCGCGAAUAGCAAUAACCAGUUCGCAGUGCGGGGGGGUGAAUAUCAGUGAGAGAUUUGCAUACGCGAGAGGAGUAAUACAUGCACCUAUACACCUUUUUAAUUUUGUCCUUUAAAACUGUGUCUUUUCUGUUUGCGUUUUGUGUAGUGUUUUGUUGUCUAUCGUUUUGGCGGAUAUGGGGCUCAUUAAGUUGAGAAGUAUAAAACAUAAAUAUAUAAUUGUAUAUGUACAUGGGUAUACAAAUGCUGGUUAGCACGUGCAUGCACGGCAAUUAAAUGUCAUGGCAGGGAAAGAAGCAUGGAAGACGAUGAGAAAUUAGUACCCGCUUACCCACAGCUUAAGAAACCGAUUUUUUAAACUAUUGAAUUGAAACUAACACUUUAUUUUCGGUGAACCAUAAAGAGUAUGCAGUUGUUAUGAUAACUACUCUCAUUUUACAUUCUUGAACUGCUAAUAACGCUUUCUGUCAGGUAUUUUUUUCAAUUCUGUUAUCUUCAAUGAAGUGCAAUCACAAGCGCACACAGUUUUUCAAAUUUGUUAAAGGAUUUGCCAUUUCAUUCCUUUUUGCUGUCGCUAUAUGAGUCACUACUUAAACCCAUGAACAACAAUUUGCGAAUUCAGAGAAUACAUGUGCUUUUGUAAUGGUGUGUUGUAUCUUCAGCGUCUUAAUCGUUUUGGUUUUAACACACGAAUAUUAACCGUAGGUGUACCUAUAUGGUUUGUUCAGAUUUACGGCUCGAUUUUGUUGUCACACUUGAUGUUUCUCACCCUUCUUCAUGAUGCACGCUUCGAGAUAUAAACAAACAGCCUGCUCUACAAAUGGGCUAAGAUCAAUGCUUAUUACAGCAAUGGUUUCAGAAUGGUUUAAGCAUGCACAUAAAAUUCCCGCCAAGGCAAGGCACUGGUGUGAUUUGAUUUUUGUUGUUGCCUUGUUUACAACUCUCUGGCACACGUCGAGUUAUUGCAAUAGUGUAGUUGGAAACUAAGCAGAAACAAAAACCAGAGUUGUACUUACUGUCCAUUAGGUCAGGCAUGGAUGUUGCGAUCGAUUUUGUUUGUUAUUCUGUGCCCGUUGAUUAGCCUGUCCUGGGUUGUCUAUAUUAAGAUAAGUCUAUUGAAAUGUCUCGAUGUUCUACAAUUUGAUUAUGCACUUUGGCACACUCACCCGUAUGUUCAUGGUUUAAUAUACCGUAAGGUUUUGGCGCAACAGCGUAAUACACCAGGAGUAGGAGUAGCUAGUGAUGCUAAGUGUAUGCACAAAUGAUGUGAUGUUUUAAAUUCAUUUAUUUGAACUUAACAUGUAAGACACACUCAACACGCUCUAUAGCCACCCCGAACGGGUACGCAUUAACGUGGUAAGCGGAGAUCUUCUUGGCCUUUUAUGAGGUUGACAUAAAACGUGCUUAAGGGAAAAAGGGAAAAUGAGCAUAACAGGACAAAAGGAAACAUAACAAUUAACUUGGAAACAAAACAAACAGAAAAAUUAUAAGAUUGUAAAGUUUAAGGGAUAGUUAGAGUGGACGUGGAAACAGUUAUAGCAAGCCACCGGCAGGGGCAAAAUAAUAUAUUGAUGUAAGCAGCGCAAAGAUGCGAUUUUACAACAUCGCACCGUCAGCAAACAACUAACUAGCAUUGCGUUGUCUGCAAAGAAAUGUGUAAAUGAAUGCAGGCAAAUUUAUGAAGCAAACAACAUGAAAAAAGGGAAAGUAUAUGUAUGCAAGAUACCAAACGA